AUGGCGCAUUUUCUAGGUCCUACAGCUGUCUUUGUGACUGUAAUGAUACUAGCGCAUCAUCAUAGUUUGUGCUAUCCACCGAACAAGAAUCUGCUGCAGUGUGAUCCUAUGGAACACAAGUAUUAUCGAGCACAGCUCGGAGUGUGUGGUGACUGUGACAAAUGUUUCCCUGGAGAUGAACUUGUCCCAAUCGAGUUAAUAAUACACAUAAACAAAUCAGAGCACACCAAUAAGGUUCUACCAUAUAAAGGCGAGCACAGGAUAGAUCGUUUUAACACCGAGUUUCUGGCCUUCACUGCCUUCUCCCUUACCUUACUAUUCAUUGUUGUUCUGACGGUGUAUUGUUUCUGGAAGAAAAAAAAGUACAGAGAAGUAUCCAUCAAAGCUUCAGAAAUAACCAGACGCAACCAUCCUCCAAAACGCGAUAUGUGUGUUUAUACUGAUUCUAGUUUACAAGAUAUACAAGAAGAACGAUCUGAUGACGACGAAGAUGACACGUCCGUCUUUAGAUAUAAAACUACUUCUAAUAGACAAAGGGAAGAGCGUGAUCUUAAAGAACCUCUACUACGACGUCGACAGUCGUUUCAAAUUGGCUACAGCGGGACGGGCUUCAAAUUGGACCCACCUCAAAUACAUAUUUCACGUCAAUUAUCGAAUUCUAAAGUGAAUGAGAAAGGAAAUCUUGCCAGGGAUGAUGAAUUACGUCGUCGAAAAUCUGAACCUGUUACUGUGACGGAGUUUGACAGUUGUCAUUCUUCACUUUGUCGGCAUGCUCCCUCAGACAGCUUUAUCCGAUACCUGUCUAUAGUAUUGGCUGGUGACAGAGACUAUCGGCUAUUUGCAAUUAAAGUGGGCCUGGAAGAGUUCAACAUCAAAUUAAUAGAAACUGAAUUUGAGGGAAGAACUGUUGCUGAUGUGUCCUACGAAGUGAUCAAAAGGGUUUUACAGAUAAAACCAAAGCUACGUGUUAUUGACAUUUACGAUGCCUUGGACAAACUCGGGUUUCAAAAUGCACGUCAAUCAUUAAUGGAAAAAAUUGAACAUUUUAAAAUACCCCUCCAUAACAAAUAA